CCUUCAGGUUUGUUUACAUCCUUGACUUCCUUACUCUAAAAAAAUUAAGCCAUUUUCAUAUUUAAAAAAUUUAUUUAAAAGCUCAAAACUUUAGUUUAUGAACUCAUAAAAGAAAAAUAUUAAUUAAAAAUAUAGUAAAAUAAUUUAACUAAACGUUAUAGAUGGUUUGUGAAACGUAAAUUGUGCCACGAUCAUUUCGAAUGACGUGGAGUUAGGUUAGAAUCCCGUGGUAGCGAGUUUACUGCCACAGAUUUACUGUAAAUUGUUAACAAAUUUUACUGUUACCAAUUUUAUUUAAAUAUGUUUGAAAUCACAGAUACCCAGAAAAUUGGCGUAGGUCUUGCAGGAUUUGGAAUAUUUUUUCUCUUCCUGGGAGUUCUACUUUUGUUUGAUAAAGGACUACUCGCCAUAGGCAACAUUCUUUUCAUAGCAGGAUUAGGAUGUGUCAUUGGGCCACAAAGAACAUUCAGUUUCUUUUUUCAAAGGCAUAAAUUGAGAGCUAGUGUAGCUUUUCUAGGAGGAAUAAUUAUUGUUCUUAUGGGAUGGCCACUUAUUGGUAUGAUUCUAGAAACAUAUGGCUUUGUACUACUUUUCAGUGGCUUCUUACCAGUUGCUAUAAAUUUUCUGCGACGAGUGCCAAUUUUAGGAACAUUUUUAAACAUGCCAGGAAUCAGUAGAAUAAUGGACAUGCUCGCAGGAGACUCCAAACGAACGACUGAUAUUUGACUUGAUUCCAGAUCACCUGAUUGCCAAUUAUGCAUUUUUUUUUGUCAUAUCAUGUCAUGAAGAUAAUUAAUUUAAAUACCUACCGAAUAGGAAAUUGUAUAACUAUGAUGAUUCCUCUGUAAAACUAUCAUUCGAUAAAAAAGAAAAUUUUGUUGUCUCUACCUUAGCGAUUACAUCGAUAUUAUUUUGUACGAUUAAAAUCCGAAAGAUAAGAAAUGAACAUAAUGUAAUAAGGAAAACAUUAAAAAUAAAAUAAAUGACAUAUUUACUUUUACUUAGAUACACUAAACAAUUGACCUCGAUCCCUGACCUUUAGAUAAUGAUAAUAAAUGUGGGUCAUACUGAAGACGAUUGAAUGAUUACUAAUCUUAUAAUAUGUUUAUCAAAUAUAAGAGAGGAUACUUAGGGUAAUAAUAUUGAUGAAUUAUACAUGAUU